GACAUGAAUCUAAAAAUGAGGCUAAAGUGUAGGCACAAAUAUCGUCCUGAUACAAAACUUCCGUGGCCCCAAAAAGUUUACAAUGUUGGGUGUUCAAUUCCUGCUGUUUCGUGUGGUAUGCCCGGCGUGAGUUUUGGAUCUGCCUGAUUAUUAGAUUCAUUUCAUUUGUGGUCUUGCGAAACUGAUGAACAGAGUGGAUUUGUCACUGGCAUCUCUGUAGGCCCCACACAGCUUCUGACUUGACUACAGGAACUUCCUGUGCCUAGGGACAGCAAUCCGCGUCCGCUGUUGUGAACAUCCAACUUAUAAAUAAACCCUGUGUUGAGGAACUCUAUGAUGGUUGUACUCCAAAAUUUUUCCUCACAGCUGUUAAACAUUUUUUUUUGGUUUAUAAAUUUCAUGUGGUUAUCUUCAGGUUCUUCAUGGAUUUUAAAGGAUGGUAGAGGUAGAGUUAUCUUGGGUGUUCAUCUUUUGAGUUUUAAUGGGUGAUGGGAUUUUGAAUUCCUGGGAAGGUUUUGUGGGCUUUGCUUCUUGACUAUGUAUGCUUUUGAGGAGGCAAAGAGAAGUAAAAUGGUAAAUUUCAUGUCUAUGGCGAUGGGAAGCAGAGCUACUGUCUUUCUUCUUCCUACCCUUUUCUGGUUGGGGCUGAGUAGUGACACUUGCAACGGUGUAGCAAGUGAUAUUCAAUGCUUGAAAGACCUAAAAGCAUCACUAAUUGACCCUAAUGGUUACCUCUCUUCGUGGAAUUUCGACAACAUGACGGAAGCGUACAUCUGCAAAUUCUAUGGCAUCGAAUGCUGGCACAAUGAUGAAAACAAGGUCCUAAACAUACAGCUCCCAAAAAUGGGCGUCAAAGGUCGGUUCCCGGUGGCUCUCAAGAACUGCACGAGCAUGACAGGAUUGGAUCUAUCGACAAACGACCUCUUCGGACCCCUUCCUGAUAACAUUGGUUCACUAAUACCAUACGUGACAACCCUCGACCUCUCCUAUAACAAUUUCACCGGUGUUAUUCCGGAUAGCCUUGGGAAUUGUAGCUACCUGAAUACACUUAGUCUCCAAAACAAUCGGCUUACAGGUCAGAUCCCCUGGCAACUCGGCCGGCUUGAUCGGUUGUCUCAGUUCAAUGUCGCCAACAAUUCUUUGUCGGGACCAAUUCCUCCCUUUUAUAAGCGGCAAUCAAUACUGGCCAUUAGCUUUGCUAAUAAUACGGGACUUUGUGGGACGCCUUUGGAUGUUGUUUGCAGAGGACCUGUGAAAAAGUCACAUACCAGUGUCAUCAAUACUGGUGGGGCCAUUGGCGGGAUAGUGCUCUCAGUUAUAAUUAUCGGUGUUAUUCUGUUAUUCAGUUUCCGUAAAGUAUCUAAGAAGAAGAAGGAAGAAGAGGUUGAAGGAAACAAGUGGGCAAAGAGUAUUAAAGGAACCAAAGGCAUCAAGGUCCGGGUCUCCACGUUCGAGAAAUUUGUUCCGAAGAUGAGGUUGAUAGAUCUCAUGAAAGCCACUGAUAAUUUCAGCAAAGAUAACAUUAUCAGUUCUGGGCGAGUAGGCACAAUGUAUAAGGGGGUGCUUCCAGAUGGUUCUUUCAUUGCAGUUAAGAGAAUGGAGGAUUCUCACCGCUCCAUAAAACGUUUUAUAUCCGAGACGACGGUAUUGGGGAGCAUACAACACCGCAACGUGAUUCCUCUCUUAGGCUUUUGCAUUGCAAGGAAGGAGAGGCUUUUGGUAUACAAAUACAUGAGCAGAGGAACUCUGUAUCAGCAGCUAUACAAGACAAACUGCAAAGCCAAUGUUAUUGAAUGGCCCUUGAGGUUGAGAAUCGCAAUUGGAGUGGCAAAAGGCCUUGUUUGGCUACACCAUAAUUGCAAUCCAUGUAUAAUUCACUACAACAUAACCUCCAAACAUAUACUAUUGGAUGAAGAAUAUGAGCCUGUAAUCUCCAAUUUCAAAUCCGCGAGGCUUAUGGGUAGUACUAUUAAUACCAUAUUUGGUAAUGUGGGUUAUGUUGCUCCUGAGUACAUUCGCAUGUUUGAAGCCAUUCCAAAGGGAGAUGUAUACAACUUUGGAGUAGUAUUGCUUGAGCUAGUCACCGGCAAUGAACCUACUCGAGCAACGAGGGCCCCACGAAACCUCAAAGGGAAUUUGGUACAGUGGAUUGCUUUUCUUUCAAAUAAUUCUUGUCUCUCUGAUGCCAUUGAUAAGUUGCUAAUUGGGAUGGGCCAUGAUGAUGAUAUCUUUGAGUUUAUCAGAAUCGCUUGUUCUUGUGUUGUGUCUGAUCCAGACAAGAGGCCUACUAUGUUCGAAGUAUACCGGCUUCUACAAGCUAUUGGGAAGAGAGAUGGUUUUAUAGAUGAAGAUGAGAUACAGAUGCCACCCAAUACAAUUGAUACUGAUUACGCGUAUUUAAUUACAAUGCCACAACAAAUACUGAAAAUUCAUUGAAAGGUACGAAGAAGAAAGAAGACUUGUUUUCUAGUAAUUUCACGAAUAUCAUUGGAUUUGCAUAUUAGCUAUGUUUUGCAUAUUUUGGAAUGUAUGCAUUGUUGUAUUGAGUAACUAUAUAUUCCAUCUGUUAUGUGUGUCUCGAAUAUUUUAUGUUA